CGGAACGCGUUAAUCUGACGAAGCGCUUUGAAGAUAUUUGGACGUUACGUUAAAUACAAUGGCACGUACCAAGCAGACUGCUCGCAAAUCGACAGGAGGAAAAGCUCCUCGCAAACAGCUCGCCACUAAAGCCGCAAGGAAAAGCGCUCCAGCUACCGGCGGUGUGAAGAAGCCUCAUCGUUAUAGGCCCGGUACCGUGGCCCUUCGUGAGAUCCGUCGUUAUCAAAAGAGUACGGAAUUGCUUAUCCGUAAAUUACCGUUCCAGCGACUCGUUCGUGAGAUCGCUCAAGACUUUAAGACUGAUCUGCGUUUCCAAAGUUCUGCCGUAAUGGCUCUUCAGGAGGCUAGCGAAGCAUAUCUUGUAGGAUUGUUUGAAGAUACCAACUUAUGCGCUAUUCAUGCUAAACGAGUCACUAUCAUGCCUAAGGACAUUCAAUUGGCACGUCGCAUUCGUGGCGAGCGAGCUUAAGCGAAGCUAAUCAACAAACAAUCGGCCCUUUUCAGGGCCAA